GUCAAUGAGAAGCGUCCUGGCCUUCUGUUAGCUUGCAAUAUUCGAGAUGCAGAACGAUGUUGAGAAUUCCAAGUAUAAGACCGAGUUCUUUGAGAAGAUGAUUCAACACCAGCAUACAUUGGCUUUCAAUAUAAAGAACAUAAUGCGUGAUCGUCCAUAACGCAAAAUCACUUAUUUUUUAUGUGAACGUUAAGUGUAAAAAUCCUUUCAGAUAAGGAACGUCUUAAAUCAUUGAAGUGAUAACACGUAUUUAUUCAACUACGAAAUUAACCAAUACAUUGAAAACUUCAUAAAUGUAUGUAUAUACAGGUAUGGUGGCGCUUUUAGUCACCGUGUAAAGCGGUUAACCUUCGUCUAUCGUUAAAUAGAAAAAUGUUAAACAAUUGUAUCAAAGCUUUUAGUUGUAGUAUGUGACUACCUGACACAUUUAAAUUAUUGUAUAUUAAAAAUGUACGUGCAUUUGUAAAUAUGUACAUACUAUUCAUGGUCAAUUAAGAUUAAUGGAAUUUAGUUAGAGAAUAAAUGUUAUAUAUUCAUCAUAUUUGAAUUUUAAAAGUAGUUAAAAUGUUACGAAGACGAAAUGUUAAUAUUAAAACUGUCAAAGAACUGGAUGCAUUUCCCAAAGUUCCUGAACCAUAUAUAGACAAAACUGCAGUCGGAGGAACAUUUUCCAUAUUUACAAUCUGUACUAUUGCAUACUUAAUAAUAGCUGAAACAAGUUAUUAUCUUGACAGUAGACUACAAUUUAAAUUUGAAACAGACACAGAUAUUGAUGCAAAAUUAAAAAUAAAUAUUGAUAUCACGGUUGCUAUGACAUGUGGCCGUAUUAGUGCUGAUGUUUUAGAUUCUACAAAUCAAAAUAUGAUUGGACAUGAUUCAUUAGAACAAGAAGACACAUGGUGGGAAUUAACACAAGAACAGAGAUCUCACUUUGAAGCUUUAAAAGAUAUGAAUUCUUAUUUAAGAGAAGAAUAUCAUGCGAUUCAUGAAUUAUUAUGGAAAUCUAAUCAAGUUACUUUAUAUAGUGAAAUGCCAAAACGGACCCGUCAACCCAGUUACCCACCAAAUGCCUGUCGCAUCCAUGGUAGUUUAAAUGUUAAUAAGGUUGCUGGAAAUUUUCAUGUAACAGCUGGAAAAUCAUUAUCAUUUCCUAUGGGACAUAUACAUAUUUUAACUUUUAUGACUGACAAAGACUAUAAUUUUACCCAUAGAAUUAAUAAAUUUUCAUUUGGUGGACCUAGUCCAGGUAUUAUUCAUCCAUUAGAAGGAGAUGAAAAAAUUGCAGAUAACAAUAUGAUUUUGUAUCAGUAUUUUGUGGAAGUGGUUCCCACAGACAUACAGACUCUACUGAGUACUUCCAGAACCUAUCAGUAUAGUGUAAAAGACCAUCAAAGACCAAUUGAUCAUCAAAAAGGAUCUCAUGGAAGACCAGGAAUUUUUUUUAAAUACGACAUGAGUGCACUUAAAAUAAAAGUUACUCAACAACGUGAUACAGUGUGUCAAUUUUUAGUGAAAUUAUGUGCCACAAUUGGAGGUAUUUUUGUUACAAGCGGAUUGGUGAAAAAUAUUGUACAAAGUUUUUGGUACAUUAUGUGUUGCAAAUUUUUAGCAACUAAGGAAAAUAAAAAUGACCAAAAGUAUUCCAUUUUAUCUACUACCUCAAACUAUCAAAUGCCUGGCACGAUAAAUCUUUUGAAUAUUUCAGUACCAGAAAACGUGGAUAUAAUGUUUAAACCUCAAUAAAGAUAAUAUUUUCAUUUGAUAUUCAAAUAAUUUUUAAAUAUACAAAAAUUGCGAAUAAUAAUUAUGUCUUUAAUUGUUCUGUAUGUACCAAUAAAAUUAAUAUCAAUUUUGUAUUUAUCA